UGCGUUCACAUUUAUUAUUCAUUUCAGGGACUUUUCCUGAGGCUCAAAAGCGACGUACAUCUCGAUCCAUUGACCCAACUUGAACUUCGGGACGGACCGGACACAAGACCACCAUGAAAGAUGAAAAUACAAUGUCCUGUCUUACGUAAGCUGAAACACAAGCACCUGUUCCUUUGUUUACCUCUGCUGAUUGUGUGUCUUCUGAAAUCUCUGGUCUAUAAAAAAGAAACGGCAAACAACAGCGUCCUCAUAGACACAGACACAUAUGAAGAUACGAAGAACGUGUCCAAGAGUGAGCACUCCGAAUAUGAGGUGGAUUGCGCUGCAGUUUAUGAGCUGGAUCCAGUAGAGGUGGGAAAGUCCUUGGAAAUCAGGCGUAAAAAGACUGUUGAUGUGGAAGAUGAUGCUGUUGUUUCCUUGACCUCAGACUGUGACAAAUACAUUGCACUGAGAGGAUAUGGGGACAUACCAGUAUCAGAUGAGGAGAAGCAGUUUCCACUGGCUUACUCGAUUGUUGUGCAUAAACAUGCUUCCAUGGUUGAACGUAUUCUGCGUGCCAUCUACAUGCCUCACAAUGUUUACUGUCUUCACUAUGAUCAAAAGUCCUCGAAGGCAUUUGCUGCUGCCAUGCAAAACCUGGCCCGGUGUUUCUCCAAUGUCUUUGUUGCCUCCAAGCGGGAAUUUGUACAGUACGCCCACAUAACGCGACUUUACGCUGACCUUAACUGUCUGUCUGACCUCCUUGACUCCAAAGUCCAAUGGAGGUACGUCAUUAACUUAUGUGGCCAGGACUUCCCUCUCAGGUCCAACUUUGAGCUCGUGGCAGAGCUGAAGAAGCUUCAAGGAGCCAACAUGGUUGAGUCAAGUCGCCCCAGUCAGUACAAGAAGCAGCGCUUCACCUUCUCUCACGAGCUCAAAGACGUGCCGUUCGAAUACGGGCGGCUGCCCGUCAAGACGACGCAAACCAAAGCGCCUCCGCCGCAUGGCAUCGAAGUGUUCGUUGGCAGUGCCUAUUUCAUCCUGUCACGCCAGUUUGUGAACCAUGUUAAUGGCAGCCAGCUCGUAAAGGACCUCCUGGCCUGGUCCGCAGACACCUAUUCCCCGGAUGAGCACUUCUGGGCCACCUUGGUGCGAAUGCCAGGGGUGCCUGGAGAGAUUCCCAGGUCGCAGCCUGAUGUGACGGACCUGAUGAGUAAGACGAGGCUGGUGAAGUGGAUGUACCUGGAAGGGUCACUGUACCCACCCUGUACGGGCACUCACAUACGCAGUGUGUGUAUCUACGGUGCGGCAGAGCUACGCUGGCUGCUCAACUUUGGUCAUUGGUUUGCCAACAAAUUUGACCCCAAAGUGGAUCCUGUUCUUAUUAAGUGUUUAGAGCAGAAGCUGGAGGAAAAUCAACGGCACUGGGUGAACUUUGCUUCAGGGAAACCAGUCUAGAGGUGGAACUGAAUUCCUCAAUUGAGAAGACCAUAACAUAUAUAAUACAUAUUU